CGAACCGGCUGCCGCGUGAACGUGUUGGCCUCGAGUUUUAUCAGAGAAAUUAGUGUUUAUUUAUAUAAUUCGUGUGCAAUUUGGAUUAUAAAGAAUGGCGGUUGCUAUAAAUAAAGGUGUAUACAUAGUGGCGGCUAAACGCACGCCGUUCGGCAAGAUGGGGGGUAUGCUGAAGAGUAUCCAUCCAGCUGACUUGCUGGCUGGUGCUGCCAAGGAUGCCCUGAAGGCUGGGAACGUUGCUCCCGGAGCUGUUGACACUGUCAACAUUGGGAUUGUCAACGUGCUAAGUGGCAGCUCCGACGGUGGUCUAUCACCUCGACACGCGUCGCUCAAGUCGGGUAUUCCUCAAGAGAAACCCGCGCUGGGCGUCAACAGAUUAUGCGGCUCUGGUUUUCAAGCAGUCAUCAACAGUGCUCAGGAUAUACUAACGGGAGCAGCGCAGAUUUCUCUCGCCGGUGGAACAGAAAACAUGUCAGCUGUCCCGUUCGUAGUGCGAAACACCAGAUUUGGUGCUCCCCUAGGCGUUAAAAUAGAAUUCGAGGAUUCCCUCUUGAAAGGCUCUUUGGACACGUACUGCAAUUUCACAAUGCCACAGACAGCGGAGAAUUUAGCUGAGAAAUACGGUCUAGUGAGGGGAGAAGUGGACGACUUUGCAUUACAAUCACAGAAGAAAUGGAAAAUUGCACAAGACGAUGGUGCUUUCCAAAAAGAAAUUUCUCCGGUGAUAGUGAAGCUCAAGAGACAGGAUGUGACCAUCGACAAAGACGAACACCCUCGCCCGGACACCACGAUCGAAGCUCUGCACAAACUGCCCGUGCUGUUCAAGAAGGGAGGUGUGGUGACAGCUGGUAACUCCUCGGGUGUAAACGAUGGUGCCGGGGCACUAAUCCUGGCGACCGAAGAGGCCCUAAAGCAACACAAUUUAACACCACUGGCUCGGCUCCUCGGCUGGUCGUUUGUGGGCGUUGAUCCGAGUGUUAUGGGCAUCGGGCCAGUACCCGCCAUUCAACGGUUGCUGGCCGCUUCGAAGUUCACGCUAAACGAUAUUGAUCUGGUUGAAAUCAACGAAGCGUUCGCCGCUCAAACAUUGUCAUGUGCCAAAGAACUGAAUCUGGAUUUGAACAAGUUGAAUGUGAACGGCGGCGCGAUCGCCAUUGGACAUCCUCUCGCCGCCUCCGGUGCCAGAAUCACUGCACAUCUUACUCAUGAACUGAGACGACGAAACCUGAAGAGAGCAAUCGGUUCUGCCUGUAUCGGUGGGGGUCAAGGCAUCGCGGUGCUUCUGGAGACAGUGAUUUUUGUAGUUGCCGCCAAAAGGACGCCAUUUUGCAAAUAUGGCGGUUAUCUUCAAGAGUUGCCAUCUUCGCAUGCCUUUGCUGCUGCAGCUAAGGCUGCCAUAAAUUCUGCCAAGUUAAACUCUACUUUGGUAGAUUGUACUGUAAUUGGAAACGUUAAUUUUCUUAGCCAAUGCGAUGGAGGUAAAACGCCGAGAUAUUGUGGACUUUAUUCAGGAGUUCCGAUUGAAAAACCAGCGUUAGGUGUCAAUAAAGCUUGCGGUUCUGGUUUACAGGCUCUCAUAACUGGCUCCUUGGAAAUCUCAACAGGUUCGGCAAAGGUAUGUCUCACUGGGGGCACAGAAAUAAUGUCUUCUCUUCCAUUUUUGGUACGAAACGUUCGAUUCGGAUCUUCUCUUGGAGUAUCAUAUAACUUUGAAGACCACAUCAAGGGUCAGGUUUUGGACAGCUACACUGAUCUCACAUUGCAGAAGUUGGCUGAAAUCGUCGCGGAAAAAUAUAGAAUAAGUCGUGAAAUGGCUGACGAUUUUGCUUAUAAAAGCUUUUUAAAAUGGAAAGCAGUAGCUCCAUCGAAAAUUCUACAAGAAGAGUUGACAAGUAUAUCUGUGCCAUUUAAGAAGACUGAGAUUAUCGUGGAGAGAGAUGAACUUGAUACCAAUUCAGAGUUCAACAAUUUUCUCAGUGCUCCAACCAUUUUAACGGACGGAACUGUUGUCACGGCUCUUAACUCAGCGGCACCAGCCGACGGAGCAGCGGCAUUAGUGCUGUCUGACGAGGAGUCCACGCGGAGUAACAAUAUGACGCCACUCGCGAGGGUGGUCGCGUACUCUUGCGUGGGCGCUGACCCAACCACGGGGCUCGGAGCGGCGGUGGCUAUACGGAGACUGUUAGAUGUUACAGGGAUACGGGUUGACGAGGUCGACUUGUUUGAGAUUAACGAAACAUUCGCGACACAAGUCCUAGCCACGAUAAAGGAGUUGAAAUUGGAAGAGAACAAAGUGAACAUAGGUGGCGGAGCCCUGGCACUUGGACACCCGGUGGCGGCCAGCGGAGCACGAAUGGCUGUUCAUCUUGUACAUCAACUUAAUCGUGGUAAUAAGAAGCGCGCUAUAGCGGCAUCAAGUUGCGGAGCUGGCCAAGGAAUAGCUGUUAUGUUUGAAUCCAUUUAAGUUAACGAAUAUGGUUAUCGCCAUCAUCUCACUGCCGUGUAAUUCUCAUGU